UCCUCGAGCACCGUGCAGGCGACGCUACCCCACUCGAGCGUGUUCGGCUGACGGCCAGACAUCCCAUUCACAGUGUAAGUUAGCUAGCAGCAUCAGCUAAUCAAAUCACAGGACUGUACGAGAGAUAACGCAUACGUUCCACUGUUUUCUGGCGAACUGUAACUAAGCACUUUCGUAUCUGUAAGGAUUAACGUUAACGCAAGCGUUAUCUUGAAAAAGGAGAGAUUCCCCUCGUCGUGUCAAGUGGCUGCGAUGAUUUGGACCAAGGAUUUCGUCUUGGUGUCGCUUUUUAUUGUCACUGCAGGUGCUUUGCAGGUGGACAUCAUGCCUGCCCAGGGAGAGAUCAGUGUCGGAGAGGGCAAAUUCUUCCUCUGUGAGGUUGUUGGAGGUUCCAAGGAGAUCGAUUGGUUUUCUCCGUCGGGGGAGAAGAUCGAGCCAAACCGCCCGGACAUCACGGUGACUCGGAGCGACGAGGCCACGUCCACUCUCACCAUCUACAACGCCAAGCUGGACGACGCCGGAACCUACAAGUGCAUGGCUCGCCGUGGCAACGACGAGGGAGAGGCCACGGUCAAUGUCAAGAUCUACCCACAUCAGCAGCCUAUAAUAGAGCUCAGAGCCCUCCGCCCUUUCACCAGAACCUACAGUGGUCUGUGUAUACACGUCAUUCACUACUGCAUCCAGAGUAAACUUCAGGUGAAGGAUGUGCGCUUUAAGGUCCUGACCAACAACCACCUUCAGAUCCGCGGCAUCAAGAAGACGGACGAGGGCACCUACACAUGCGAGGCUCGCAUCAUGGCACGUGGAGAGAUCGACCUCAGGCCCAUCAGAGUCGUCGUCAACGUCCUGCCCACCAUCCGGAUCAGGCAUGCGGAGGUGAACACCACUGGAGAGGCGGGCCAUUCGGCCAUGCUGGCCUGCGACGCUGACGGAUUCCCCGAACCCAUUGUCACCUGGACCAGGAGCUCCGUGCUGCUGGAAGAAGGAGAGAAGUACAGCUUCACCGAUGACGGCUCCGAGAUGACCAUCCGAGAAGUGCGCAAGCUUGACGAGGGGGAGUACACAUGCAUCGCCUCUAACAAGGCCGGCCAGAGCGAGCAGGAGCUCAGCCUCAGGGUGUUUGUGAAGCCCAAGAUCACGUUCCUGGAGAACCAGACGACCACGGAGAUGGAGGAGCAGAUCACACUCACCUGCGACGCCACCGGAGACCCCACCCCCACCAUCACCUGGAGCUUCGGCAACCGUGUCUUCUCCGAGGGAGAGCAGGAGCCUCCUAACUGGAUCUAUCAGGCUUCUUGGACUCGGCCAGAGCAGCAUAAGAGCUCGGAUGGGAACGUGGUGGUGCGGAGUGAUGCGCGGGUUUCCUCACUCACGCUGAAGUAUGCCCAAUACACUGACGCCGGCCAGUACGUGUGCACCGCACGCAACGCCAUCGGACACGACGCACAGGCCAUGUACCUGGAAGUCAGAUAUGCCCCUAAGCUCCUGGGUUCUGUGACCGUGUACACGUGGGAGGGGAACCCCGCCAACAUCAGCUGUGAGAUUCUAGCUCACCCCAGUGACGUGUCUCUGUACUGGCUACGAGACGGCAUUCAGCUGCCCUCCCCUAACACCACCAACAUCAAGAUCUACAACACACCCGCCGCCACCUUCUUGGAGGUGACCCCUGAAUCUCAGAAUGACUUUGGGAGCUACAACUGCACAGCCUCCAAUGAGAUCGGCACAGAGUCCAAAGAGUUCAUCCUCGUCCAGGCUGAGGUGCCGUCGUCUCCAUCCAUCGACGUAGUGGAGCCGUACUCGAGCACGGCGCUGGUGGAGUUCCAGGAGCCAGAGUCUGCGGGCGGCGUGCCCGUUCUCAAGUACCGCGCCGAGUGGAGAGUGGAGGGCAUCAAGGACGGCAAGUGGGCACAGCGCGUAUACGACGCCAAAGAAGCAGGCGUGAGCACUAUCACUAUCACUGGUCUGAAGCCAGAAACGCACUACGAGGUCCGGAUGUCUGCCAUCAAUGGCAAGGGCGAGGGGGAGAGCAGUCUGCCCACUGUCUUUAAGACGGAGCCUGUCCGCUACUCUUACUCAAAUGGCAUGUUCCACUUCUUCGGCGAGGGCACAGCUGAAGGAGAGCCCAACACCCCUAAGCUGAAGGGGAUUCUGCAGCCACAGGGAAACACCUUCAAGGUCACCUGGAUCAAACAGGACGACGGAGGCUCACCCAUCACACACUACCUGGUCAGGUACAAACCGUCAGUACAAACACAUAUUUACAUUUUAAGAAGUCGUGGUGGAAGCAGAAUCAUGCCCGGUGGUGGCAGUGGAGAUGCAGCCUUGCUGAACGGGCUGGACUGGGACACCGACUACGACGUGCUGGUGGUGGCAGAGAACAUACAGGGCAAAUCCCCGCCAGGCAACCUGUCGUUCAGGACUUCAGCAGAGCCCGCCGCCACGCCAGACUCCCUGGGCGACGGGUCAAACCUGAACACGGGCGUGAUCGUGGGCAUCCUGAUUGUGGUGUUUGUGCUGCUGCUGGUUGCCGUGGACAUCACCUGCUACUUCCUGAACCGCUGUGGACUGCUCAUGUGCAUCGCGGUCAACUUCUGCGGCAAGAGCGGCCCUGGCAGUAAGGGCAAGGACAUCGAGCAGGGCAAGGCCGCCUACAUAAAAGACGAUUCUAAUCAGCCAAUCGUGGAGAUGCGGACAGAGGAAGAGACCACCGCCAACCACGACGCGGGGGGUCAUACUGAACCUAAUGAGACCACCCCUCUCACCGAGCCAGAGCAGCAGGCUGACCCUGCGGUGGCUGCUCUGGACCUGCCCUUGUCUGUGGCCACUAACUCCGACAUGUUUGACACCAGCCAGAACAGUCCCACCAGCGAGAGCACCACCCUCACCUCCGCACCCCCCUCAGAAUCCACCCCCGCCCCGAAACCACAAGCACCCACUCCACCUGCCCCUGCCCCCGCCACCCCCCCUCCCAGCAGUGCCACCCCCCCGGCUAAGGUACGCCCCCUGGUGGAGCUGGGCGGCAGUGCCCCGUCCACCCCCCCCAUCGCCCCCCCUAGAGUGAAGAGCAGAACCUCCUCUGCCUCAGGCACACCCCCCAGCGCCACGAAACGGGUCGCCCCCGCCACCCCCCCUGUCCAGGCACGCGCUCCCGGCACCAACCCUCCCGCUGGCACAGAGCCGCCCCCCAAGGAGAAAUCGGCGACUGACCAACCCCCCCGUGACUCCGAGGCCCCCCUGACCCUCAACCCAACCAGAAGAGUGUGUCGGACGAGAAGAGCAAGCUUAUGGCCGAGGACGCCAACGUGAAGAUAGCCCCUGCUCCCGCCGACCCCCCCACUGCCCCCGCCACGCAAGCCAACAGCACCGAGAGCCGAGCAUGAUCCCGCCGGCCGCUCGCACACAAACACACACACACACACACACACACACACACACACCCGGCCGCUCCCUCCUCGGCCAGGCCAGGGUGUGUUGUCUGUUUCCAGUGCCCUUAAUGCAGUCUCAUGACCAACCAACCACCACGUCAAUCUAACCGUGUGUGUGUGUGUGUGUGUGUGUCUGAAGCUGUUUUACAGCUCAAUCUGAGGACAUUCUUACACACCGGCUGUUGGUUUCCAUGUAAACACACGUAUACACACACACACACACACACACACACACACACACACACACAUCAUCCAAAGGAAAGAUUGCAUCAUAUCUUCGUGUCCACCCUAUGGUGUUCCCGGGGCUGUGAGGUUUUAGCUGGACAUUUGUGGCCGGGAACAGAUAAAAUAAUGAGAUCACUACAUGUAACUAUUCAGGACAGAUGAAUACAAUAGGAUAUACGCCCUAUAGUUAUUUUAUGAUUUACCAUAUCACCUUGUUCAAGUGUAAAAUGAUGAUUUCUCGUAUUUUUUUUUAUCUUCUUGUGGGAGGGCUAAACUCCUGAGGUAGUAUGCUGGUUGAUGCCAUGUUCCUUUGUAUUUGUACUUUCACCUGUUUAUGAUGACCAUGCGCUUUCGCUUCAGCGCCCAACAGCUAAUAUGGAAGAGCACCAGGGAGUCAGGCAUGCUCUGUGUAUGUGAGAGAGUGUGUGUGUGUCUGUGAGAGUGUGUGUGUGUGUAUGUGUGUGUGACAGGUCCUGUUCUCAUUCCUGCAAAUGUGGGAGCUAUUUUUAAAUGAAUGUCACCAUCAGGAGUUUGACAUCUCUUCACUAUGGUUGUUCUCUCAUAGGUAUCUAAUCUUGGACUAUUUUUAACUCCUAAGGUAAAUAUAUACCCUUACGGACAUUGACAACUAAUAACAUCAUUAUUUAAACCCAUAGUUAGUCCUUGUGAGUGUGCAGAAGAAAUGAAAAAUGUCUCAUUUUUUGUACUGUGUACUUCAGAGAGCAGUUUGGUUUUCACUGUUGACUGCAAGCUUGUGCACUGUGAUUGUGUUAAUAAAUAGUUCUUUGUUAUACGUUAAAAAGUGAACGAAAAAAAGAUGAGGUUCUGCUGCCCAGUCGGGUCCAGCAGUUCUGCAGUGCGUCCUGUUUCCUGUGCGACUGUUUUUUUUUUUUUUAUUAAAAAAAAGAUCAGAGUGCGAACUCAGGAUGGCCCACCAAAACUGUGUAUUGCUCUGUGGUCGUUGCCAUGGUGUCAGUUAUUGCAUGGCCGUCUGAUUGGUUGUUUUUUGGCAUUAAAGGAAGAGAUUCGCCCCCUCCAAUGCACCUCCCUCCAGCCCGCAGCUCCAUGACGACGGCUGCCGACUCCAUGGUUACAGACCAGCUUACACCUCUGGGCCAGAUAAGAGGCCAGAUCUGAGCCAUGCAUCACACACAUGCACAAGACACUCCACAUGAGAACUCAAACACACACACACACACACUCCACAUAACACACGCAUCACAGCUAAUACACAUUCUAAACAACCCUCAACAACCCUUCUUCAGCUCCCACACAAGCUCCUGUCCACACACACUACUCACAUGCUCACUCCAGUACACACACACACACACACCUCCAGCGGAUGGACCCUCUGCAGACACACACUGCACCUGUAGUGCAGGCUGUGGUGCCACCUGUGGCUUGAGCACACUGCAGUGUGUCCUGGGUGGGGUUGGUGCCGGGGCAGUUAGGGGUGGAGGGGUAAUUAGCAGGUCGCCUCUGGGCUGGAGAAGGGAGCUGCUGCGGGGUUGUUCUGGGAAUAUUUCCCAGAAUCCUCAGAGCCAGGAGGGGGACGGGGUCUGGCCUUUAAGGUGAUGAAAUCUAUGCUUGUACUUGACUGUAAAUUUGAAGCUUUUGGGUCCUAUAGGGGGGGGGGGGACAACUCUGGGAAUGUAACUGUGUUUGUGCUCACUUUCCACGUGCAGAAAUGCUUUUCAUUUUUCAAAUCUCUUGGCAAGGACAUCAAACACUACUGCUCUAUCUCCCAACCUGUUACACACACACACACACACACAAAGCUCUGUAGUAGGUGAACAGCUGGCUGAGGCAAGAAAAGAAAGUUGUGCAUAGUGACCCUUCUUGCUCUGACAGCAAGUGCUUAUUUUUUUAUUGUUUAUUUUUGUUUGUUUGUUUAUUUUGCUUCUUUUCACUCUGGAUUUUCUUUGAUAGCUCAGACGCAGGCUUGUAGAAAGUUGUCAUACCUCAUUUUACUGGGUCGAUCUCAGACAGGGGGUCCAGAGAGGGAGGCAGGGGGACUUCAGAACGCUCAAGAACCAUAGACUGUAUAAGCAAGAACAUAUGGGGUAAAUGAAGUGGUCAUUUCCCAAUUCAGGUAAAUAGUUCUGUUCUUUAGUUUGUGUUCGACUGAUAUGUAAGUUCACAGUAUCAACGCUCAACUCUUUUCUACCAGUCCAGAUAUGGGAUUAAUUUGGACUCUCCUCUGUCCAGCUGGUGGGUCCUAACACGGUUACCCGUCCAUCAAAUCUGGUUUUGGCCAUGAAAGUGUUACCGCUGAAUACUAACCCUGUUGAAAAAAUAUUAAAGGAUCUCUUUUUUUCAAA